AUGCCUAAAUCUUGCAAAGUUCGAGAAGAACGUAUAAAUGAAGCCGCUGAAUACGCUCGUUGCAAUAAAAAUCUCUCUAUCGCAAAAGUCGCGCGAGAUUUCGAUGUUCCCUACCGUACACUCCACGGACGCGUUUCCGAGAAUCGAUCGCCUCGUACUGCUCGAAUCCCACAAAAUAAAACGCUCAAUGAGUAUCAGGAGGAAGCCUUGAAGCGGUGGAUCAUUCGUAUGAAUGAUCUUUAUCUUCCUAUCACGAUAUCGAUGGUUGAAGAGAUGGCAAAUCGGACCUUGCAGCGUACGGGAUCGGAUCAACGCGUCUCUACAACAUGGGCCUAUCGCUUCAACCAGAGGCUUCCUGAUCAUCUCAAAUUGGAGAAGGUGGCUCAAAAACCGAAGGAAAAGAAGCGAUUGGAUGCCGAAGAUGUUGGACUGCUUCAAUUCUGGUACAAUCAGCUCUCCAACGUGCUUAAGGGCCUUCCCGCGCGCCUCGUAUACAAUUUCGAUGAAUGCGGUUUUCAACCAGGCAAAGGAAAGCGUCAAAACGUCCUGACUAGGAAAGAAAGAGUUCGUGAUCUUACAGAAUCUGAGCAUUCUGAAAAUAUUACAGCUCUUGAAUGCAUCUCUGCAGACGGCUGGAUCAUGAAGCCGCUUUUUAUCUUCAAAGGCAAGAAGUUUAUGGAAAGCUGGUAUCACGAGGAUCUGCCUGACCUCUAUACUGCAGUAUCAGAAAAAGGCUAUAUCAACGAUAAACUCGCGCUUGAAUGGCUUCGCUUAUUUCACGAGGAAACCAUGGAUCGUAUAAAAAAAGGAGAAAAACGCGUGAUUAUCUUUGACGGUCAUACUUCGCAUAAAACAGUUGAAUUUCUUCAACUCUGCGAGACCUACGAAAUUAUUCCUUUCUGUUUUUUAUCUUAUACAACGCAGAUCUGCCAACCUCUUGAUGGGACCCCUUUUCUUGCAUAUAAACAGAAAUUCAAAAAGAACAAUAAUGAGAUAUUUCAGUGGACCGGGAAGCCCGGAGAUAAAGCAACUUUUUUGAAGGAUAUCGUGGCCGCGCGCGCGGAAACCUUCAAGCAACGGCGUAUACGAGAAUCCUUUAAAGAACGCGGAAUCUUCCCUCCAAAUGGAUCGUCAAUCAUUGAAGCGCUUGAAGAUACUCUACCGCCGAUUCCGUUGAUAUCAGCGCCUGAUCUUCGGCCGUAUGGAGAGACUACGCCUCCUCCGAAUCCUGUCUCUUCAGGCGUAUUUUAA